AUGAAAAGAAAAGAAAGCUCAAAAUCAAAGCAAGCUAAACGUCCCAAGCUCGAUCAAGAACAAAUGAAACUUGUAGCCUUGUUGGAUGAGGCUUUGUCGAAGGGAAAGCUUGUAAAAGAGCAACCAAAUUCAGAUUCUUCUUCUACUACAUUGUCAUCAUCAUUGGUAAAGGAGCCACAUAUAGGAAUGAUUCAAUUGAAUGGUGUAGAGUGUCCGGAUGAGUUGCUUUCACUCAUAUUCGAUUUCCUUGAUGUAGAGUCAUUGCAAAGAAGUCAAUUAGUCUCCAAGAAGUGCUAUCUAUUAUCAGUGGAGGAUAGAAGGUAUGAGAAGGCUAUGAGAGAGGAGUUUCCAAUCUACACCAAGAGAUUAGAGUAUUUGAAUGAGUUUUAUGGCUUGAAGAUCAAGUUGUUGAGGAGGAGGUUUAUAACUAGACAUGAGGAGAGAUUGUUCUGGUGGAUUGUUGAGGCAUCUAAUACAGAUGAAGAUAAGGUCUUUGAAAUAAUUGUGGAGAAUUGUUUGCUUGACCAAAUUGAUAAGAUUGCAAGUCAAUUUAGAAACGCUCAGCACAAAUUAUACGUAAGUGGAAAGGAUGCUUUUGGGAUCUAUUUUGAGGACGAUUCAGGCUUGUAUGCAAUGUGUGAAAUAAUUUCAAAGGGUGAGGAAUUCUUUAGAAAGGUUUGUGCCCAACCAAUACUUGGAAGAUAUGCUUUCAAAACAGGGCACGAAAUGUACAUGUAUUCAUUUUCCGAUUUCAGUUACAUUCCAAUGAAGGGACAUAAUGAAGACGAAACCACAUAUCAACAAAGAAAACAAGAUGCAAUUCAAGCAUUCGUUGAGGGAUAUGAAGCUUUCAAGAAGCAUAACUUGUAA